UUUAUGGUCCAAACAUGGCCGGAGAGGACUUCGUUGGCGGGGAGGCGGCCGCCGCCGAUGCUACUACCACCACCACGAUUCAGUCUCCGAAGCACAAACAUUCUCAUCCUGGGGAGAGCCGUUCCCGUUCUCAGGAGCAGAUAUUCAUCUGCUCGUUCCCGUUUUGUGAUGCCACCUUCAACCGGGGCUGGAAACUGGACGCGCACCUGUGUCGGCACACGGGAGAGCGACCCUUUGUUUGCAUUUUUGAAGGCUGUGGAAAAGGCUUCACUAGAGGUUUCCAUCUUAAGCGUCAUUUUCUUACACAUACUGGAGAAAAACAAUUUGUGUGCACAGUAAAUGAUUGCAAUAAAACAUUUACAACAAAAUCAAACUUGAACAAGCAUAUUAUACGGAGACAUCAUCAGAGGAAAUAUGUAUGUGACUUUGAAAAUUGUGGGCAAACUUUUAAAAAGCACCAACAAUUAAAAAUACAUCAGUCUCAACACACUGGUGAACCAUUUUUCAAAUGUGGUCAUGAAGAAUGUGGAAAGCGCUUUUCUUCACCCAGCCAUUUAAAACGUCAUGAGAAAAUUCAUCAAGGUUAUGCAUGCAAAAAAGAGACCUGUUUGUUUGUUGGAAAAACCUGGUCAGAAUACCUGAAACACAUGAGACUCAGUCAUGUGGAACCAGUUACUUGUGAAGUGUGUUCCAAAACAUUGACUCGCAAAGAUUAUCUGAAAUCUCAUAUGAAAACUCAUGCUGUUGACAGAGAAGUUUUUAAAUGUCCAAAGGAUGGCUGCCAAAGAACAUACACAACAGUGUUCAAUCUUCAAAGUCAUAUUCACUCAUUUCAUGAGGCAAAAAAACCCUUCGUGUGUGACCAUCCUGGCUGCGGGAAGACUUUUGCAAUGAAACAGAGCCUCAUAAGGCACAUGGUACUACAUGAUCCUAAUAAGAAAAAGUCGGACACAAAAAGACCACAGCAAAAGCGGAGCCUGGCCUCUCACCUCAGUGGAUAUAUACCUCCAAAAGAACAGCGCAGAAAAUUAUCUUCAGUGGAAGAAUCUCUGCCAGCAUCUGCAGCAAGCAGCAGGUUGCUAAUGGCUGAAAUGCCAUUCCUUGAACAAUAGUUUUAGAUGUGCCUAACAGUCAUCAU